AUGGCAAAUUUCCGUCGUUUCAGACCCGACGAUGUGAACAAGUUCUCAAAGUGCAAUCUCGACCCCUUUACCGAGACAUAUGAGCUCGGCUUCUACCUGCAGUACUACGCCAAAUGGCCCUCACUCUUCCAGGUCGCAGAGGACCAGGAUGGCAACAUCAUCGGCUACCUCAUGGGCAAGCUUGAGUCCUCCCCAGCCUACUACCAGGGCUCUGAGAACUACCUGCCGUGGCACGCACACAUCACCGCCCUGACGGUGGCCCCAGAGGCACGCCGGCUGGGCAUAGGGAAGCUGCUCAGUGAGCAGCUCGAGGCAGUUGCCGACGACAACAACGCCUGGUUCGUCGACCUGUUCGUGCGCGCCUCAAACCACAAGGCCAUCGCAUUCUACAAGAGCAUGGGCUACAGCGUCUACCGCGUCGUUAAGGAUUACUACGGUGACAACACCGAGGACCCAACCCUGGACAGCGAGGAUGCAUAUGACAUGCGCAAGUCCUGCAAGAGGGAUGCCAAGGGAGAGCAUGUGAGGGAGGACGGUAUGCAGCAUGAGGUCAAUCCCGAGGAUGUCUGGUGA